AUGGAAACGAUAUUAUUAAAAGAGUGGGAACAAACCUUAAAUACUCUUAAAGUUAUGUAUAACCAUUUGUUUUGCUUAAAUCUGACAGCCCUAAUCAUGCAUAAAAAAACUGAAGCAGAAGAAGAAGAGGGAACGGAAAACGACGUAGAAUCGGCUGAAAAUUUGGAAGAUUCGGACCAAAAACGAGGAAUAAAAAUAAAACAAUUAGGAGGUCCUCUACUGGCACAAACGCAAAUAUCUACGAGCCAACAGGACUUCUUUAAAAUGCUGGAAAAUAGAAUAGAAAAUGGUCCAGACUACAACUCGGAAAGCGAAUCGGAACAGGCGGCCGAGGCGGUAAGAUUGAACUCGUUGCUUAAGGAUUGGGAAACCGCCAGCGCUGGAUCUCGAUCGUUGCCCGCCACCCCAAAACGAAGGCCCAAACCGCCUCCGGGGGGCCGCAACGAUGCUGUACGAUCAGCGGAGGCGGCGAGGGAGGCGGCGGCGGACAGGCAGCACCAGCAGCCGCCGCUGUCGCACGAUAGAAACUACGUCUCGCAGAUAUCACCAAACUUAAUCCAUCAAUCAUAUGGCGUGACGCAGAUGUACAAACCGAUCCCAUACAACAACCCGAACUACAUCGCGCCCGGAACAUCGCACCAAAUGGCAGCAUAUCCAUCAGCAAUGCAAUAUUCUGCCAUAAGCCCAAUGUACACAAGCCAGCCGACAUAUCCAACAUCACAAGUACGCCAAUAUUCCGGCUACAACCAACACGGAAGCCCCAUCAAGGCAUACGUGAACGUGAACUCUUCUCCAAAACACAUUUCAUUUGAUCAACCAGCUGCCUACAGCCCCAGUCACAAAUUCUACGGUCCCCCAGUGCAAGUACCGAUCGCACCAAAAGUUCCGUUCAGCAAUGGGGAUUUGAUACAAUCCCAAAUGUACCAACAGCAUCAAAUGCAGCAGUACCAUCAGUACAAAAUGGCCAGGGAGCAGGUGAUGGCUCAACAUCAACCUUACCCUGGACCUGCGCCACCGGCCAACUAUAGAGUUGUAAGGAACUAUCAAAGUAGCGUCACCAUUCCAAUAGUGAAAACCCCCCAGCAAGAAAUGAAUUCACAUUCUCGAAAACAAUAUGAACUGACGUAA